CCACUCGAAGAUGUGAUCGGUCGUGAGUUAGAUUCAGAGGUCAGCAGAUUAUUAGCUCAUAAUCUUGCGGAAUGGACCGUUGUGUAUUUGCGGAUGCAGAGAUAUUGACAAGAGGUAGAAUGCCAGCUGCUUGGGCAAUUCGACAGCGGGUUUGCGAGGUCUGGUAUCAACAAGUGUGGUGUUGAUACUUCAUCCUAAGAAGAUUAACAAAACGGAUCAGAAUAGCUUGCGCCUGUACUCUCUCUCUCUCUCUCUGGGGAAGCGAUCGUCGUCAAUGGAGGGUUACGUCCAAUACCCUAAAAUCGAACUCGAAGAUUGCCAUCCCAAAGUUUUUUCUCGGCUGGUUUCCAAGGAAGUCGAGGAAUGCAGAGAAAAGAGCAAUUUGAUACGAACGGGUGCUUUUGAACAAGAAGAAAGAACACGGCUGGGAAAUUGUGGAAGCGAAGCGCCUAAAGGGGCCGGUGGCCAAAAUGAUGUGCAAGAUGUUUCAGGUGCUGUCCAUAAGAAACAGGGUAAGUUUUUUUAUUAUGACGCACCGCUUUCUGAAGAAACUGGGACUUGGAUACCUGUCUCUGCUCCACGCAUUUCUGACAGUGAGCAUGAAGAAUGGAAUGGAGAUUCAUGCAUUAAUGGGGAAUAUAUCCCUGACGAGGAACUGGGAUGGAAUCGGUUUGAUGGAGUAGAUAAGGAGCUAACCAUGUGGGAUGUGGUUACUGAGAUGUUAGUUGUGGCUCGAGGGAGAUUUUUUGCCAUUGCUUCAGGUGGUGUCCAUGGAUGUAAGACUUCUCGGCCGUCAGAGCAUAUGCUUGAGCAAGCUUGGAAAGAGAUGGCUCAAACUCUAACAGAGGCUAAUUUUGGUAACAUGAGGGAAAUUCUUGAAGCAGAGCCUCCACAGUGGCUGGCUGACAGCGCUGCCUCUUCUUGCAUGCUAUGUAAUGUGCGGUUUCAUCCUAUCAUGCGCUCCAGGCACCACUGUCGUUUUUGUGGAGGGAUAUUCUGUAGCUCGUGCUCUAAAGGAAGGUGCUUGUUGCCCACAAAAUUCCGUACUGGGAAUCCCGAACGAGUGUGCGAUGUAUGCUUUGUGCGGCUUGAGUCUGUCCAAUCAUACUUGAUUGACCGAAUAAGUCGAGCUGCUCAGUUGCCAACCCAUGAUCUGACAGACCUCAGUACUUUGAGAUCAUGGCUAAAUUUUCCAUGGGGCCAAUCUAUGGAAUAUGAGAUUUAUAAGGCCACAAACACCAUUGAGGGUUAUAACAAGGUUGGCACUCUGACGCCUGAAAAGUCCAUACCGGAUGCUAUUUGGAAGCAAGCAAGAGGCCUAGCAAUCCUUACUGUUGCGAAGGUUGGUGUAGUGGUGACCUACAACAUUGGAACUGGGCUAGUUAUUGCUCGUAGGGAAGAUGGAUCUUGGUCUCCACCAUCUGCCAUUUCUUCCUGGGGUGUCGGUUGGGGAGCUCAGGUAGAAAUGCUCUAUCCAUCAAGUUUGACUGCUGAGCUCCUAGUAUUUUUUGGGAUCUGCUUGAUAAACAAUGCUGGAGGAGAAGUGACGGAUUUCAUCAUUGUAUUGAGAAAUAAAAGUGCUGUCCAAACAUUUAGUGGGAAUGUGCAUUUCUCAGUUGGAGCAGGUCUGAGUGCAGCUGCAGGCAGCAUUGGACGGGCUGCUGAAGCUGAUGUACGUGCUGGUGACGGUGGAUAUGCUGCUUGCUAUACAUAUAGCUGUAGUAAAGGUGCAUUUAUUGGGUGCUCACUUGAAGGUAGUAUAGUCACGACCCGAUCGCAAGAAAACUCUAGAUUUUAUGGUAACCCAUCCAUCAGUGCAGAAGAUAUACUUCUUGGGUCAUUGCCUACACCUCCUGCUGCUGCUGUUCUUUAUCAAGCACUUUCCAAUCUAUUUGAGAAGUUCGAAAGGUAAUCCUCUACUUUUGGGUUCACUAUUUCCUCCUAACUAGGGAGGCUCAGACCAUGUAUCAUCCUCCCAUUUUCAUAAAUUAUUAUUUGAUGCACAUGAAGCUAUUGGUUCCCAAUUGUUGUACAGCUAAAAGAAAUGUGGAAAGUGUGAUUAAACCACCAAAUCGGGUACAAUGUGUUGAACACGCAGGAAAGCACUGCCUGUACAUAAGUUCUAAGGUCUUUAUGGAACACAGUCAAUUAUGUCAA